CGCGAAACCUAGCCUCAAAUAAACAGUUUGAAAACCAAAACAGCUGACAACUUUAGAAACAGGCCGUCUUUAGUUCCCUCACACCUGGCUGCAACACACUUUCUAUCCGAGCUUCACACCGGCCAAAGCAGACGACUCACGGCUUCUGCUGCUGCUGCUGCCCUGCUCUUAUUGAAGAAACCAACCAAGCUAGCUGGAGGUGCUGAGUUAAGCUAACGAGAAAUUGGUAGCCAGGAGCUAAGUUUGCUAGCGAGUUAGCAACAGAAAGUCAGCAGCACUUCAUUAUUAAAAAGAGUGCUCGACGGCUCGCAACAUGGAGAAUAAAUACAACCUCAAGAGUCCAGCUGUGAAGAGGCUGAUGAAAGAAGCUGCUGAGCUGAGGGACCCCACAGAGCACUACCAUGCCCAGCCACUGGAAGAUAACCUCUUUGAAUGGCACUUCUCCGUACGCGGGCCCCCGGAUUCAGAUUUCGACGGCGGGGUUUACCACGGCAGGAUCGUGCUCCCCCCAGAAUACCCCAUGAAGCCCCCCAGCAUCAUCCUCCUCACACCAAAUGGAAGAUUCGAAGUUGGGAAGAAGAUUUGUCUGAGCAUCUCUGGCCACCAUCCAGAGACCUGGCAGCCCUCAUGGAGCAUCCGAACCGCUCUAAUAGCUAUAAUCGGAUUCAUGCCAACAAAAGGAGAGGGAGCAAUAGGAUCUCUUGAUUAUACACCAGAGGAGAGGAGGGCCCUUGCCAAAAAGUCCCAGGACUUCUGCUGUGAGUCGUGCGGCUGCUCCAUGCGCACUGCCCUCCUGGCUCUCACCCCCAACAGCGACCCCAGCCCUGAGGACCACCAGGCCAAAGAACUGGCCCAGCAAAUCAGCUUCAAGGCAGAGUCCAGUUUAUCCAGACAGCCGAGCGAGAGCGGAGGUGCAGAGAGCGAGCCUUCUACACUCACCGAGGGAGACUCCUCCACAUCUGCAGGACAGGAAGCGGAUGUCGAGCCCCAGGCUGAACUGGCAGAGGAGUCUCCAGCCCCCAGUGAAGAGGAGCCCCGGCCCCCCUCGGCCCCCAGCGUGGGUCGUCCUCUCAGCCCCCGGCAGCGUCGUGCCCAGCAGCACAACCAGCAGGGCCAGAGAGACGGCAGAGAAGCGGCCAGCCGGCUGCCCUUCAUCGCUCCUCCUCACCAGCCUCAGGAUGACAGCCACGCAGGCUCAGCCGUGCUCAUCGUGGUGCUCACUCUGGCCCUGGCCGCGCUCAUCUUCCGCAGGAUCUACCUGGCUAACGAGUACAAGUUCGACUACGAGCUGUGACCGCACUCAGCUGCCCCCCCCCCCUCCCUCUUCAAACCCAGAGUCAGCACCUCCUUCUAUACAGGCCCAACAGAACUAUAACCAGCUGCAGUGGAGCCAGAGCCAGAGCCGAGGCGGUGGCUGACACUGACAUUGUGCCCUCCCUGCUCAUUAGCACAGGGUUCAGUCUCCACUGAGGGGAACUCUGCUUCCUGCAGAGGAGGCGCUGCUCUCACCACAACACCUGCAGGGUGUCUUUUAAUCAAUGUGAAUUUUACUCUCCAGAGUCUCAUGCAUUUUUAAGAACGGAAAGCUUUGUUAUGUUUGUGAUCAGUUCAGCAGCCACACACACACACACACACACACACACACACACACACGUCCCCUUUCAUGUAACCGUUGUCUAUCCUAGGGCUGCCACUUGUUCCGGUUAUUUAAUUAAAACUAUAAUAUAAUGUGUCAACAACAUGGAAUUAAGGGGGAUUUUUGUCUCAAAGUACGGAUUUCAUCAUGGAACAUCUGCACACUGUGUAUGAGCAGGCUGGCUGUUACACAGACGACUUCUUCAUGUGCUUUAACUUCCUGAUAGAUCAGCUCACGCACAACACAGGGCUCUGUUUUAAAGGCACAAGUGCAACAACCAGUCCACAGUGGUGGAUGAGAGUCUGUAGCAGUGCUUAACCAAUCACAGAGAAGCAUGACAGCUGCUCGACAAAUGGAGAGACGUCUUGAUGUGAGCAGAAGCGCUUUGAGUUUAUAAUAAGUUAAUUAAUAGUAGCGUUUGCAGCGUAACACCACUUUGUUAAAAAUAGGUGGAAAGGAGGCGGUGACGCACAGUAAAGUAAGCAAGCAGUCAGAUGUGUGUAGAAGUGUGUGUGGUUAGUGUUUGACUGUGAUGUAAUCACAGUGGGAGGUCGUGUGUAAAGGCACUGCACUGUGGCAGAGGCUGUACAUUAGAAUGACCUGAAGGAGGAGGUUUUCAUAUAGCAUUACGCAACUGUGGACACACACUGUAAGAAACAGACAUUUUUUUAAUGCUCAUUUACAUCCAGCUACUGGUUGGAGAUUGUUUUAAGACAUUUUUAAGACCCAUAAAAUAUAAUCCAUUCCAAUAGUGUUUCUCCUCCUUCUCCCUCAUUAAAAAUCCACAAUAUGCAAAUUUUAACAGCUGAUCACAACACAUGCCUUCUACUCCACUGUAAAGUCUAUUCUCAGUGUUUGUGCACUCGAGGCUUCAAGUUUCCACGUCACACUCGUGUAGGUUACAUACAGGACCGUGAUUGGCUCUGAAAUUGUGACGUCACAAAAUCCUGCUGGUGUGUCCGGGUGUUAAACUGAGAUAUAUAAAAUGAGCUCAGAGAAUCUUUCCUCCUUCAGCAGGUGAAAGUCAAGAUGCUUUAAUUCAAAUCAUUUAUUUACAUGAUAAGCUUUAUUUUAUUUGUUGCACAGUAUUUAGUUUGCUCUUUUUUUGUUGUUGUUGCUUAGAGUCUCCACAGUAGCAACAAAGUGCUGCAGAAACAGACCUGGAGUCAGUGGCAGCAGCUCCUGUGUCUAUAAGGUACAACAUUCAGACCUGUUUGACCACAUUAACUACUGUAAUCCUUAUAUAGACAUGUACUGAAUAUUCACACCCACUUACUGUUGUGUAUCUCACUCUGCCAACUCACAACAAUUACAUCUCUGAUAUCUGUGGAGAGUGAAGGUUAUUAGAGGUAAAAUGAAAUGCGGUCGUCACAUCUGUCCCGACACUUGACUGAAUUGCUGUUUUAAUAAGAAGAAUUGAAUUACAUAUAGCAAAAUAACACAAUACAGACUAAAUGUUUAAAUGAGGUUGCUUGGGUGGCGUAAUUGAAUAUUUCUUUCUUGCUAUAAACACAUAAAACACAUUUUCCAUGCAUGUAGUGUGUAUCAAUAAAACAUUUAAACAUAUUAUUGGUUAUAUUUAACAAGUUAUGUUACAGCUUUUGGUGAUACAGUGACUUCCUUUUGCAUAGUUUAUUGCUUUUUUUUAUUCCAGCUGUUUCCAGUGCAGUAGCUAAGACAUUCCUUUAGUUUUAAUGGUGUAGCCUGGUUGAAUAAAUCACUAGUUUGAAACUUAAUUAGUAGUUACUAAGAAGUUUGGAAGGACUCAGUGUGUGAGGUCAAUUUUAAAGUCAGAAAAACGGCAAACUUUCAGAGCGCUGGUUGUUGCACCGCCAUGAAAAACAGAGCCAGUAGUGUAAAAAAUAAAAAAAAUACUCUGCAAUUCUGUGACGGUAAUGAGCUGACUGAUUCAGGAUCAGCUAAAUACAGCAUGCUUACCCAAGUACAACAUGUGGGCGUUGUUCUUUGAACUGUUAUCACCACGGCAACGUUUACCAGUGAGAUAAUUUAAGGGAUUAUUUGCACAAGUUAAACAGGAAUGUGGUUUUGAUGAAAGCAAAGCGUGUACGGUGACUUGGCAGCAUACACGUAGCUCUGAAGGUAGUUUGUAGCAUUCUACCUGCCGAGGGGGAACAAAUCUGUCUCGGUAGUUUUAUUUCGUCGUGUUUGAGCAACGUACUCGUACCUGCAUGUGUCCAGGUGUUACUUGAAGGCAGCAGAGAUCUUUUCUUGAGUAUCCGUGUUCUCAGAAUCUCUUCAUAUCUGCCUCUUCACUUAUUGUGCCCAGGGCUGGUAUACUGAGAUAUAAACAGCAAAUAAAUCACUGAAUGAAAGAAUGUGUUUGUCAUGUGUCAGCUUGAAUAAAGACUUAUUGUACCUAAGCAUC